AUGCCUACAAUCUUCAAGAACAAAGCCGUCGUACUUAGUGGCACAUUUCCUGGCUAUAAACAAGCCGACUUGAAAGAAUUGAUUGAGUCGAAUGGAGGCACUUUCAGUGCAAAAGUAACUGAUGACUGCACCCAUCUCAUUAGUUCCCAGAAAGAGUUUGAGAAUAAUGGGACUAAAAAUAAACAAGCUGCCUCUGUUAAUGGAAUUAAUAUUGUUAUGGUAGAAUGGUUGCUUGACUCAAUAUCAUCCAAAAAAUGCAAGAAAGAAGCAGAGUAUCUCUGGUCGACAUCAAGCAGUGCCACCACUAGCACCACAAACCCAGCCCCCACAGCUAACCCUAGACGUUCUGUUCGAAAUUCGCAGGCGCAGGUGCAAUCUCAACCCCAAGCUCAAUCCCAAACCCAAACCUCCCAGACAACUCAAACCGUGGCAACAAAAAGUAACAAGCGUAAAAAUGAUGAUACCACAAAGUCUUCUAAAACCAAAAAGGAGCCCGAUUCUAAGAAGCAGUCUGGGAGUGCAGUAAAAAAGCAAAGGACGCAAACCAUUCCAGUUGAUGAUCUCUACCCAAAUAAGAGUAACUAUCAUGUAUAUAUCGAUUCUGAUGGCACUAUUUAUGAUGCAGCUUUGAAUCAAACGAACCGCAUGAACAACAACAAUAAAUUUUACUUCAUUCAGGUUCUGGAGUCGAAUAAGCUAGAUGGAGUUUAUGUGACUUGGACCCGCUGGGGAAGGGUGGGAGAAAAUGGCCAAUCUGCCGACUUCGGAAAAACUGGGCUGGCUAGCGCGAUAGCCACUUUUGAGAAGAAGUUUCGUGAUAAGUCUGGCUUGCCUUGGAAAGAUAGGUUUGGGGCACCAAAGCCAGGUAGAUAUAUGUUCCUCGAGCGCGAUUAUGAAGAUGAGUCAGAUAUUGAGAAAGAAGAAAAACCCCAAAAGAAGGCGAAGGUGGAGAGUGAUGAAGAAGAGGACGAGGUGAUAGUUCCAGACUGCACAUUGGCAGCGCCAGUGCAGGAAGUCAUUGGACUUAUCUUCAAUCAAGCAUUCUGGGCGAAUACUAUGGCCACUCUAGACUACGAUGCGAAUAAACUACCUCUCGGAAAACUCAGCAAACGAACUCUUCAGAAGGGUUUCGAGCUAUUGAAAAAACUUUCAGAUAUGGUAAACAGCAAGCAGUCAGUGAACAAUGGCGUUAGCUUGGACGAUUUCAACAAUCAGUAUUUUACUGUGAUACCUCAUGCAUUUGGGCGAGGCCGUGUACCUUUGAUUAACUCCACCGCUAUGAUCAAAAGAGAGAUCGCUCUUCUUGAAACACUAACAGAUAUGGAAAUCGCAAAUGAGAUCCUAAAGGUCUCAAAGACCGCUGAUCCUGUGGAUAACAUUCAUCCUCUUGACAGGCAAUUCGCAGGUCUUGGUUUGCAGGAAAUGACACCCCUCGACCCUCUAACAUCAGAAUACCAGGAAUUAGCGAAUUAUCUAAUAAAAACCCACGGCGAUACACAUUCUGUCAAAUACAAGCUCCAACAUAUUUUCCGAAUUGAGCGCAACGGUGAGAAUGAUCGCUUUUUAGAUUCCCCAUAUGCCGGCAUCAAAAAUAGCAACCGACGACUCUUAUGGCAUGGCUCUCGCACCACCAAUUAUGGUGGCAUAUUGAGUCAAGGACUGCGAAUUGCUCCUCCUGAAGCGCCUGUAAGUGGGUAUAUGUUUGGGAAAGGCGUCUACUUUGCAGAUAUAUCCAGCAAGUCAGCGAACUACUGUUGUUCCUACAACAGUGAUAAUACUGGUCUUCUCCUCUUGUGUGAUGUCGAACUUGGAAAUCCGAUGCUGGAACUUAUCCACUCGGACUACAACGCUGGUGAGCGUGCGAAGAGUGAGAACAAACUCGCGACCUUGGGGAUGGGGCGGGUCGUCCCUCAGGGUUGGAAAGACGCCAGCUGCGUGCAUGAAGAUUUGACCGGGGUGCUGAUGCCGGAUACGACGGAUGCUCCGCGGUCGUGUGUUAGUGACGAUGCCUCGGGGUCCUUGUACUACAAUGAGUAUAUUGUUUAUGAUGUGGCUCAAAUCAGGCUCAAGUACCUGUUCUGCGUUGGAAUGAGUUGA